AUGCCGUACGCAGGCACCAACAGCGAGUUCAGUCUGCCCAUGGCAGACGACGACGAAACCGACGACAAGAGCUCCAACACGGGACAUACACCACCGGAUCGCCGUCCCAGUCAGUCUGCUGAGAUAGCCGCCAAGGAGAAUACGCAAGUACGAUACUCUCGACUAUUGGUCAUGUUCGUAUUGGCGUGCAGUGCCUUGGGAGUCGGCUAUUUGACCUUUAGUUUUGUCACAAAUGAAGAGGAAGAUGGCUUUAAAACGCAGUUUGAAAACGAUGCAGACGAAAUUGCGAGUGUUACAGGAACCAAUGAGGGAAACGUGGGCACACUGCUUGGAAUUCUGUCACUCAUCAUCAGCAGUUGGUCUUCGAAUGCGGGUACCAGCUUUCCUAAUUUUACCUUGCCAGAUUUUGAACAGUUCGCAUCCGGAACUCGUAGCCUUACCAAAUCCUCCUUGUUGGUCUACACGCCGUUGGUAGAACAUGCGGAUCGACCAGGAUGGGAAACCUACAGUAUGGAGAAUCAAAAAUGGAUUGACACGAGCUUGGCGUCGGUCGGCAAGCCAAACUCCACAGAACAAAUUUCCGAAUUCAUCUAUUACCGGGACAGUCGCGACCAACUUCGAGAAACUACUCUGCCCAAAUACUCUCCCAUAUGGCAAAUGAGUCCACCGCCAGAAGACGUGUCCGUCAUCAAUUUCAAUCUCUUGGACAAUCCAAUCUUCCAGCGUCUAGUCGACUUUACAACUACCGAGCGAAAGGCAGCACUGUCCGAAGUUUUGGAUCCGCGAGAGCUUUUUGGGACGGCUGUUCCAGAAAUCGCCUCUGGAGAACCCCAGUCGAUCAUGGUGUUGGCGGUCAAUAAAGAACCUUACAACCCACAAUCCCCCAUUGUCGGUCAUCUAGUGGCCGUAUUUCCAUGGAGUGCCUUCUUUGACGACGUUCUCGCCGAUUCGAAAUCCAGUUCGGGCGGGAUCUUUGCCGUGGUGGAAGACAGUUGUGGUACCGCCUUUACGUAUUCGAUCGAAAGUGGAACCGCGACCUUUUUGGGAAUGGAAGACACACAUGACCGCAAGUACGAUUACUUGAAGAAUGACGAUCAAAUAUUUUUAGAGUACAACUCCACAAAUACGGAAGGCGUUGGACAAUCCUGUGUUUACACUUUGAAGGUAUAUCCAUCUGCGGCCUAUGAGGAGAGUUUCAAGAGCAAAACUCCAGUGUACUUUACCGUGGGUGUUUUGGCAGUCUUUACCUGGGUGGCAGCAGUGUUUUCGUUCUAUGAUUGUUUGGUCCAACGUCGCCAAGAAAAGGUCAAUACUUUUGCCACCAAAUCCAAUGCGAUUGUGGCGUCGCUCUUUCCUGCCCAAGUCCGUGACAAAUUGAUCAAUGAACAGCGCGAACCCAAACGACGAUACAAAACGGGGGGCAAAGUAUCGGCGGCGGCCCUGAAUGCCACCAACGACAAUGAAAUGUGGGCCAGUCAAUUGGAAGCGGGGGAACAUGGCGGAAUCGAUGACGACUCGCCUCCAAUUGCUGAUUUGUUUCCUUCGGCGACUGUGGCCUUUAUGGACAUUGCUGGUUUCACAGCUUGGUCUUCCCAGAGAGAGCCUUCUCAGGUAUUCAUUUUGCUGGAGACUAUCUACCGAAGCUUCGACAAGAUCGCUACAAAGCGAAAGGUGUUCAAAGUUGAGACAAUUGGUGAUUGUUAUGUUGCAGUUUGUGGACUUCCAGAACCAAACGAUGAUCAUGCGGUAGUCAUGGCACGAUUUGCUCGCGACUGUUUGGAAAAGAUGAACGAGUUGGCCCGCAAAUUGGAAGCAACAUUGGGACCAGAUACUGCUAACUUGGCCAUGCGUGCCGGGGUGCACAGUGGACCAGUUACUGCGGGUGUGUUGAGAGGAGACCGUGCCAGAUUUCAACUUUUUGGUGACACAGUCAAUACGGCGGCUAGAAUGGAGAGUACAGGAACAAAACGAAAGAUUCAGAUUUCUCAAGAGACUGCUGAAAUGAUUAUUGCCGCCGAUCACGCCAACUGGGUGAAGCCGAGACAGGAUAUCGUCGUUGCGAAAGGAAAAGGAGAGAUGCAAACGUAUUGGCUUUUGCCACAACGCGAGCUGACAGUUUCGGUUGCCACAUCUACACAGGAGGACAGCGAGGGUGAAGACCUGAAUGCCAUGAUGUGGAUGAAAUCAAACAAAGACGAUGAAGCUAAGGCCAAUGGCGAAGCGACCUCAUCCACACCAGAACUGAAUGGUAAGGUUCAGCGACUGGUGGAUUACACUAGUGAUAUUUUGCUUCAGAUUCUGAAGAAGAUUGUUGCCAAACGAGGACCCACGGAUAAGGCUUCUCCAGCCAUGGAAAGAAGACUAGUGGCGCUUGAAGAGAGUAUUGGAAAGGCGGGAAUUUGUCUGGACGAAGUGGAAGAGAUUAUUGAAUUACCAUCGUUCGACCAUGCCGCCUACCAAGCAAAGGAUGUUGAAGUCAGCCAAGAAGUUGUUUCACAGCUUGUUUCGUUUGUCAAAAUGGUUGCAUCAAUGUAUCAUUUCAAUCCAUUUCACAACUUUGAGCAUGCCAGUCAUGUGACCCAAUCGACGAGCAAAUUGCUUUCGCGAAUUGUUGCGAUGAAGCAUAUUGAUGAGGUUCAGAAACUCCAUGACCAUACCUACGGUAUCACGUCGGACCCGCUCACUCAAUUUGCGGUCGUCUUUUCUUCUUUGAUUCACGAUGUGGACCAUCGUGGUGUACCAAACUUCUUGUUGGUGAAGGAAGAGCCAGCUCUGGGAUCUAUGUACCGUAGACAAGCUGUUGCAGAGCAAAAUUCAGUUGAUGUUGCUUGGAACCUACUCAUGGAUCCUAGCUUUACUGAAUUGCGACGAACACUUUACAGCAACGUUUCGGAAUUGAGGAGGUUCCGAGUACUUGUGGUCAAUUGUCUGAUGGCUACCGACAUUUUCGACAAGGAACUCGCUGCAUUGAGAAAAGCACGUUGGGACAAUGCAUUUUUCGGGGAACACAAGGAUGAUGGCAGUCAACUUUCUAUCAAUCGCAAGGCCACCAUCGUUAUUGAACAUAUCAUUCAAGCUUCAGAUGUGGCACACACAAUGCAACAUUGGCACGUUUAUUCAAAGUGGAACGAACGUCUCUACGCUGAGAUGUUCACUGCUUACUGCCAGGGUCGAUCAAAUAAAGAUCCAACCCAAGGUUGGUACGAAGGGGAACUUUGGUUUUUCGAUAAUUACGUCAUUCCAUUGGCACACAAGUUGAAAGAGUGUGGUGUGUUUGGCGUUUCGAGUGAUGAAUACUUGAACUACGCUUUGGCGAAUCGACGUGAAUGGGAAAAGAAGGGCAAGAUGAUUGUUGCAAGUAACUUUGAAAAGUUCAAAAAGGCGCUUGACAAUCGCCCGGAGAUGACCAAAUCUGUUUCAAUGGAUGGUGAUAUGGCACCAUUGCCAAAUAAGCAUGAAUAG